AUGACGGGUAGCGGGUUGCUGCCUUAUGGCACCACCUGCAACGAGGCGGAGUACUGCGGGCUGCUUUACGGCAUGCAGGUGGCCGCCCACCGCGCCGGGGCGCGCCGUCUGGUUGCCCAGGGCGACAGCCAGCUCGUCCUCGCGCAGCUGGACGGAAGCUACCGCGCGCGGUCCACGCGGCUGGAGCCGCUGCUGCGCACGGCCUGGGCUCUGAGGGCGGGCUUCACCGAGGUCACCACGAAACACGUCCCCAGGGAGCUGAACGUAAUGGCGGACCUGCAGGCCAACCUGUCCAUAGACCUGCUGCUCCGCCUCGGCGCUGCCGCGCGCGCGCCGCCGAGCGGCUACCGCCCCGCCGCGCUGCGGCUGGCGUCGGUGCUGGCGCUGCCGGCGGCGGAGGUGCUCAAGCUUGAGGGCGCGGACGACUUCAGGGCGGCGAUCGCGCUGGCCGCCGCGCGCCGCUGUGGCGUGCCGCUGCGGGACGUGGAAGCUGCCCUCGCUUCCGAGGACGAGGCGUACGAUGAGAAGCUGCCGCGAAGGCGCUCUUCGGGCCGCAGCCGGGUGAUCAAGGAAAUGUACAGGGGCGACGGCGCCGGCACCGGGGGCGGCGGCGACGAUAAGGGGGCCGCGGCCGCGGCUGCGGCUGUGGAUGGACAGGAGGCGUUCGGGCCCGCCGUGCCGCGGCCGCUGCUGCUUUUCGUGCGGCGCUACAGCGCGCAGGAGGGGCAGGCGUACGCGACGGCAGUUGCGCAGCAGCUGCCGCUGGAGCGGCUGGCGCCGCUGUCCUUUGUACCGCUCGAGGCGUGGGACGCGACCUCUGGCCGGGCCAGCGGCAGCAGCUUUGACAGCGGCAGCAGCACAUUGGACGACAGCAGCAGCAGCAGCAGCAGCGGCAGCAGCAGCAGCAGCGGCAGCAGCAGCAGCGCUGAAAGGGACGCAGGGCUAAUCCCCCCAACCGCAGCAGCCCCAGAGCCUGCCGAAAUCCGCGCGGCAGGCGCGCCGCCGCCCCAACAGCAGGCGCCGCCGCCGCCGCCGCCGCCGCAGGCGCAGCCGCAGCUGCAGCAGAUCGGCGGCGGCUCGGAGGCGGGCGCGCGGGCCGAUCCGGAGCAGAUCUCCGUCCAAGCGGCAGGCGGGGAGACAGAUGAUUUAGAUGAGGAGCUGCCCCCAGAGCUCGCCGCCCUGCUGCACCCCGACACCGACUCCGACGCCGCCGGCGCCCUCGACCACGCCCUCCUUGCUGCCGGCGACGCGACGCGCCCGCUGCCCCCCGUCGGCGUCUCCGGCCCGCAGGCCGUGACCGGCGCGUCCGCCGUCGCCGCCGCCGACGCGGCGGCGACGUACGUGCUGCAGUUUGACGGCGCGAGCCGCAACAACCCGGGGCGCGCGGGGUGGGGGUACGUGCUGUACCGCGGGGUCGACGCGCGCACGCGGGUGGCGCAGGGCUGCAUGACCCUGCGGUACGGCACUACGGCGGUGGCGGCGGAGUACUGGGGGCUGAUCAAGGGGCUGGAGGCGGCGGCGGCGAUGGGCAUCAGGCGGCUCGUCAUCGAGGGUGACUCCGAGCUCGUGAUCCACCAGCUGACCUACCGCCGCGUGUCGGGCGUCACCCGCGCCGUGACUGCCGCGCUGUUCGUGCGCGUCGUGAGCCUGCUGGGGUCCUUUGACGAGUUCGAGCUGGUCGGGGUGCCCAGGCCGGCGCAGCGCGGCCUGCGGCGGCCGCGGCCGGUGGGCAGCGCCCAGGCGCGGCCGGAUCGUUGA